AUGAGGGAUGAAAAUGCCCCAUAUGCCAAUCAUAGAUACCCCUCUGUUCCACACAUCCCUCCUAAAUACCCCUCUGUUCCACACAUCCCUCAUAAAUACCCCUCUGUUCCACACAUCCCUCCUAAAUACCCCUCUGCCCCGCACAUCCCUCCUAAAUACCCCUCUGUUCCACACAUCCCUCCUAAAUACCCCUCUGCCCCACACAUCCCUCCUAAAUACCCCUCUGUUCCACACAUCCCUCCUAAAUACCCCUCUGCCCCGCACAUCCCUCCUAAAUACCCCUCUGUUCCACACAUCCCUCCUAAAUACCCCUCUGUUCCACACAUCCCUCCUAAAUACCCCUCUGUUCCACACAUCCCUCCUAAAUACCCCUCUGCCCCACACAUCCCUCCUAAAUACCCCUCUGUUCCACACAUCCCUCCUAAAUACCCCUCUGCCCCGCACAUCCCUCCUAAAUACCCCUCUGUUCCACACAUCCCUCCUAAAUACCCCUCUGUUCCACACAUCCCUCAUAAAUACCCCUCUGUUCCACACAUCCCUCCUAAAUACCCCUCUGUUCCACACAUCCCUCAUAAAUACCCCUCUGUUCCACACAUCCCUCCUAAAUACCCCUCUGUUCCACACAUCCCUCCUAAAUACCCCUCUGCCCCGCACAUCCCUCCUAAAUACCCCUCUGUUCCACACAUCCCUCCUAAAUACCCCUCUGUUCCACACAUCCCUCCUAAAUACCCCUCUGCCCCGCACAUCCCUCCUAAAUACCCCUCUGUUCCACACAUCCCUCAUAAAUACCCCUCUGUUCCACACAUCCCUCCUAAAUACCCCUCUGCCCCGCACAUCCCUCCUAAAUACCCCUCUGUUCCACACAUCCCUCCUAAAUACCCCUCUGUUCCACACAUCCCUCCUAAAUACCCCUCUGCCCCGCACAUCCCUCCUAAAUACCCCUCUGUUCCACACAUCCCUCCUAAAUACCCCUCUGUUCCACACAUCCCUCCUAAAUACCCCUCAGUUCCACACAUCCCUCCUAAAUACCCCUCAGUUCCACACAUCCCUCCUAAAUACCCCUCUGUUCCACACAUCCCUCAUAAAUACCCCUCAGUUCCACACAUCCCUCCUAAAUGCCCCUCUGUUCCACACAUCCCUCCUAAAUACCCCUCUGCCCCGCACAUCCCUCCUAAAUACCCCUCUGCCCUGCACAUCCCUCCUAAAUACCCCUCAGUUCCACACAUCCCUCCUAAAUACCCCUCUGCCCCGCACAUCCCUCCUAAAUACCCCUCUGUUCCACACAUCCCUCCUAAAUACCCCUCUGUUCCACACAUCAGAGGUGGGUCAGAUGCGGCAGAGUUUCACUAGGAGUCAGGAGUCAGGACUGAAGGCCAAACCUGACAGCUUCCUGCUGGACACAAGUCAGGCCCAUUCACUCUAUCUGUCAUUCCUUUGCUCUCUCCAUCAUUCCUUCACUCUCUCCGUCAUUCCUUCACUCUCAUCAUUCCUUCACUCUCUCCAUCAUCCUUCACUCUCUCAUCAUUCCUUCACUCUCUCCAUCAUUCCUUCACUCUCUCCAUAAUUCCUUCACUCUCUCUGUCAUUCCUUCACUCUCUGUCAUUCCGUCUUUGUUUUUCAGGCCCUGAGCAGACGGGGGGCAGUGAGACUCCCAUCUGGCCUUUAAUAACCCCCUUCCCUCCCUUUGGCCUGUGUGUGAGUGCUUGCAUCGCCCCCUAGAGGUGGGGCCCUGCCUCAGCAGAGCCUGAUGGGCAAGUGUGUACCACAGGAAGCCUGUCUGUCUGUCAGGUUGCCUGUCUGUCUGUUAAUCUGUCUGUCUGCUUACCUGUGUGUCUGUCUAUCUGUCUGUAUGUCUGCCUGUCUAUCUGUCUGCUUGUCUGUCUGUCUAUCUGUCUGUCUGUUUGUAUGCCUGCCUGUCUGUUUGCUUCUCUCUCUCCCCCUGCAUCCUACACACAUUCUUAAAAAUCUGAUGAAGGAAAAAAUAAGAUGGAUGCAUGUGACAAUGUGUUUAUGGGUGUGUGCAUAAGCUUGCAUAAGGGGUGUAUGUGUGUAUGUGUUUGUGGGCUUGUGUGUAUGUGUGACGUGUGUGCGUGU